AUGGUGGAGACACCUGAUAAACCCUCCCACAGCCAGGCGAUCAAGGUCUACAUCAACAGUGACGAGUCAUGCAGACAGUAUGCACCCUUUGUGGUCCCACCCCCCCAAACCUGUGAGACGUUGAAUUCACUAAAACUGCAUUUUCCGUUAAGACACGUGCGGGAACGAUUAGCCAAAAACCUGGUAGAAAAGGGCGUGCUGACCACAGAGAAACAGAACUUCCUCCUCUUUGACAUGACGACGCACCCCCUCACCAACAACAACAUUAAGCAGCGCCUCAUCAAGAAGGUGCAGGAAGCCGUUCUCGACAAGUGGGUGAACGACCCUCACCGCAUGGACAAGCGCCUGCUGGCCCUCAUCUACCUGGCCCACGCCUCCGACGUCCUGGAGAACGCGUUCGCGCCCCUGCUGGACGAGCAGCACGAUGUAGCCACCAAGCGGGUGCGGCAGCUCCUGGACUUGGACCCCGAGGUGGAGUGUCUGAAGGCCGGGACCAACGAGGUGCUGUGGGCGGUGGUGGCGGCCUUCACCAAGUGACCCUGCCCCGAACCACGCGUCCCCCUUUCUCUCUCGGGAACCAGUCGUUUUUCUUCUUGGACUUCUGGUUUUCUGCAGUUUGUACUUCCCAUACUGUAAUUGGCUUCUGUUUGAUGAAAUGGUG